AUUUCUGUCUUCUACGCUUUAUCUGAGAGUACGGAAACCCUAAUUUCAGUUAGGAAAUUAAGACUGCUUUUCCCAUCUUUCUUUUGGAAAACUCUAUUUAAUCUUUCUAGGCCAUAGGCUUUGUCUAACUCUUUGAGUGUAAAAUUUUGACUUUGGUUACUACUCUAUUGAUAUUGAUUCCUGUUAUCUUUUUAAACAGUUCGUUCUUCCAUAUCUCGUAUCUGAUUCCUGAUCAUAUACAUAUACAUUGUUUUCUAAGCAUUUUCCAAGACUUCUAAUUGGAAUCUCAUUCAACUUUCUGUACAAUUCUAUAUAUCGUGCAUGAAAUCCUCAACAAAAUGUUAGAUUUCCCCAGAAAUUCUGACGAAAGUUCAAUGAGUAGUGAAACCGCCACCAGUUUUAGCCGUUUAUCUUUCGAGCUUCCCACAAGCUCGCCGGACCAGCCGCCAACGCUAAAGCCCCACCGCUCAUCGGAUUCUUCAUUCCAAGCUAUCCAAUCAAAGAGAGGGCUGAGCUUCAGGGACUUCAGCUUGGUCCACCAGAUCGGCAGCGGAGAUAUCGGAAGAGUCUACCUCUGCCGCCUCCGCGAUGCGGCCGAGGAAGACCGUCUUUACGCCAUGAAAGUAGUGGACAAUGAGGUGUUGGCAUUAAAGAAGAAAACACAGAGAGCGGAGAUUGAAAGAAAAAUCUUAAGACUUUUGGAUCAUCCAUUUUUGCCUACACUUUACGCUGAAUUUGAAUCCUCUCGUUUCUCUUGUGUGGUUAUGGAGUAUUGUUCUGGAGGUGAUUUGCAUUCUUUAAGACAUAAACAGCCUCACAAACGCUUCUCUCUCAACUCAGCCAGGUUUUAUGCGGCGGAGGUUUUGGUGGCGCUGGAGUACCUGCACCUGUUGGGUAUAGUCUACAGAGACUUGAAGCCGGAAAAUGUGACUAAAUUACCCUUGGUUGGAAUUUGGGAUGUAUGGGCUAAGCCUAUUGGUAUUUGA